AUCGCGUGAUGUAAUAUGGAUGACGAUCGGCUGAAUUUUGACACUUUUGACAGUUUAGAGUGAUUGUUUUGGAUCUUUGAUAAAUUAUAAACGCUAGAAUGGGAGGAAAAGAAUCAAAAUUAUCUUAUAUUCCUUACGAGGAAGCUGUCAGACGAUUAAGGGACUUAGAACAGAAACGUCUGAAAGAUGCUUUUAAGAGAUCAUCGACCUUUGGUGGUUCAAUGACAGAAGCAAUGUUCUUAAGAGAAGUUCUAGGAGAUGGUGUUCCAGCUCCAGUUUCAAAACUAAUAUUUAAAGGCUUUGGGGGCUCAUCUAAAGGACUCAAUUACAAGGAUUUGAUUAGUGGACUUGUAGUUCUGACCAAGGGAACCAAAGAAGAGAGAAUUAAAUUGAUAUUUGGAAUGUAUGCAGAUGACAGUUAUACUAUGGUACAGAAGGAUGAGAUGGAUCGACGUAUUAUUGAAACAGAGGGCCAGGUCUCCCAUGCUGUGUCAGAAUUAUUCUCAGAUAGAGACCAAGUUACAUUUGAACAGUUCAGAUUAUGGAUUUUUCAACACCCUGGUGCAACAAUCAUUACAAAAUGGCUUCUGAUGGAGGACAUUACAAUCAGUCUGUCAAAUGAUACAGACACGCCCACAUUCUACCAGACUCUGGCUGGUGUAACUCAUUUGGAAGAGACUGACAUUAGUGAACUAGAGAAGCGAUACUGGAUGUUGAAAUCCCAGUCCAAGUCUGGGAAGUUUGAUCUUGAAACAUUUCAGAGUAUGGUGUGUCCACCAAUACCACAGGAUAUAUCAGAAGGUUUAUUUAAAGCUUUUGAUGAGAACUGUGAUAACCACAUUGACUUUAAGGAAAUGGCUUGUGGUAUAUCAGCAUGUUGUAGAGGACCUAGCAUGGAAAGACAAAAAUUUUGUUUUAAAGUAUUUUGUAAAAAGAAAGAUGGAAAGUUGAGUAAAGAAGAUUUGAUACAGAUGCUGACAGCCAUGUUAGCUGUACGAUCGGAGAAUAGAGCAAGCCAUGAAUUAGAAUCUGAUGUGUUCCACAAUUUAUAUCCAGAAACAGUUGCUAUGGAAAUUUUAGCAUGCCAUGAUGCAGAUAAGGAUGACAGUAUUACACAAGAAGAAUAUUUAGUAUGGACUGUGAACAAUACUUUAGCUGAUGACUUUCUUAAUCUACUAAGUCAGAUUUGUCAUAUUGUGUUAGGACUGAAACCUCAGUCGACUGAAGAAGAAGGCAACAUUGUAAACCAGUGGUUGAGUCGAGAGUCGAGGAAAUCAUUCCAAGUAGGACAGAUAUGGUAUCUAAUAUCUAUGCAAUGGUGGAACUGUUGGAAUGAAUAUGUCAGUUUUAAGAAUGUGACAGAAAUGAAUGGAGACAUCAAUGGUGGGGUAUCUAUAAAUGACAAAGUUAUCAAUGAGGAAACCCAACAUAGAAUAACUAAAAAUAAACAUCCUGGGAAAGCUGUACCGUGGGAGGACGACAGCGUAAUCAUGGUCAAUGCCAAGACAUCUAGUUAUAGCAUGUCUCAGUCCUACAGUGGAGCUAGUCUUACACAUAACCACUCAAACAGUGCAAUCAAAUCACAGAACUGUGCAAGUCCUCUUAAAACAUGCCUUAAUCCACCGGACCAGACUUUAGUGAACCGCAGUCCAAGUCCAUCACCUAAGUUCAGGAAGAAACCUCUACAGAUCAAUAAUUCUCUCCCUUUAAAACCUGCUGCAGUAGACAAUAGUCCUUUGUUGGUUUCUAGUCAGUCUAAAGUGAUCUCAUUAACAAAUGAAGGUGGUAGAUUAAAAAGAGAUAUAAUGUUAGUCAGAGGGAAAGAUUUUGAGAUAGUUCCUGAGGCUAUAUGGAGAGCUCUGUCUACAUGGUAUGGGGCCAAUACAGCACUCCCAAGAACUGUGAUAUCUUCCUCUACAAAUGAUGGUCAACCAGAACUUGAACUGUAUCCCAUUACUGUCAAGUUAUUACGGCACCAGUUUGUAACCAAUAGACCUGUUCCCAUGACAACUUUUACAGGAAUGAUGUCGGGUAUUGGUGGAAUGGCUCUGUCAAUGUCAAACAUGGUUGCUAGCAAUACACAAACACCAAGACGUUAUGUAGCAUAUACAGCCACAUUCAGUAGACAACACACAGUACAACAGAUCUAUGAAUUCCUGUGCACAAAGCUGAGGUUUUCCCGAGAGGACACACGACUAUGGAAGAUAGGCUCUAAAGAAGAUUGUAUGACAUUACUAGAGGAUGAAAAUCAAACUUUAGAAGAUUGUAGUGUUGAAGAAAAUCAACAGAUGCUUAUUGAAAUAAGGAAUAAGGAUUUGACAUGGCCAGAAGAAAUGUCUCAGUUGGCUAAAAAUAAAACACUCAGGAAGGAGGCUGGAUCAGGGCCAACACAUAAAGGUGCUACUGGAUUAAACAAUCUUGGGAAUACAUGUUUUAUGAACGCUGCAGUACAGUGUGUGUCUAACACAUGGCCACUUACUCAAUAUUUCAUUGGAGGACUGUACAGAUUUGAAUUAAAUAGAUCCAAUCCUCUAGGCAUGAGAGGCCAUAUUGCUCAGAGGUAUGGAGAACUAGUCAAAGAUUUAUGGAGUGGAACAUCAAGAACUUUAGCACCUCUUAGAUUGAGGUGGACUAUAGGGAAGUAUGCGCCUAGAUUUAAUGGUUUCCAGCAGCAUGACUCCCAAGAAUUACUUAGUUUUCUUUUAGAUGGCCUUCAUGAAGAUCUGAAUAGAGUCCAUGACAAACCAUAUGUAGAAUUAAAGGAUAGUGAUGGUCGACCUGAUGAUGUUGUUGCUGAAGAGGCAUGGGAAAAUCAUCUCCUAAGAAACCAGUCAAUUAUUGUUGAUUUAUUCCAUGGUCAGCUUAAGUCACAGGUCAAGUGCCAAGAAUGUGGUCAUACUAGUGUACGAUUUGACCCUUUUAACUAUUUAUCAUUACCAUUACCAAUGGAUAGUUGUAUACACCUUGAAUUAACUGUGAUAAGAUUAGAUGGUUCUGUACCAGUGAAGUAUGGAUUACGGCUUAACAUGGAUGAGAAGUAUAGAGCUCUGAAGAAGGAAUUAGAAAACCUAACAAGCAUCCCUAGUAACCAGAUUUUAUUUGUGGAAGUCAAUGGUCCUAUAGUCAAAACAUUACCUCAGGAUGGUCAGAAGGUACGGACUUUACUUGGUGGAACUUUAUAUGCCUAUGAGUUACCUCCCCCUGAAGACAUCAAACCGUUGUCAUUGGAGGAAGAGAAAGGAUCCAAGGGAAGUUUAGGCCUAAGUGAUAUACAGAGAGGACUAGCAGCUAGAAAAAUUCCUCAAGAGAAUGGUAGUAUAGAGAAUGGUCAGAAGUCAUCAGACAAUGGUUCUAGUUCUAAUAGCAGUACUCCCACACAUUCCAGAAACCCCAGUGAUCUAACCACCAUGGGCAGCCUAGCUAGUCCUGAUUCUAUGUCAAAAUCUGUGGGUGAUGUUUUCAAUGGUUUUGUUAUUGCAGUUCAUCGGAAAAUGACAUUGAUGGAUGUGUAUUUUCUGUCCGUACAAAAGACUAGGCCAUGUUUAUUUGGUACACCAAUCAUUCUACCCUGUGUGGACACUACAACCAAUCAGUGUGUAUACCAGUUUGUGUGGACCCAGGUCUCCAGACUUGUUAGCCCUCUACCUCCGUCAGAAGCCAAAACUACAAACCAUGCACAAGAUUGUGAUGAUAGUCUUGGUUAUGAGUACCCCUUUACAUUAAAAGUUGUACAAAAAGAUGGUUUAACAUGUGCAUGGUGUCCUUGGCACAGAUUUUGUCGAGGAUGCAAGUUAAGUUGUAACAGUGACAGUUUUAACUUUGGUUCGUCUUUCAUUGCUAUUGAUUGGGAUCCUACAGCAUUACACCUCAGGUAUCAGACAUCUCUUGAACGGUUGUGUGAAGAACAUGAAAGUGUAGAAGAUAGUCGGCGGAAACAGAAGGAACCAAUUAACCUGGAUACCUGUCUACAAGCCUUCACUAAAGAGGAGGAGUUAGGAGAGGAUGAUUUGUUCUAUUGCUCAAAAUGUAAAAAACAUUGUCUAGCCUCUAAAAAACUGGACAUAUGGAGACUACCACCAAUACUUAUUAUCAAUUUAAAAAGAUUCCAGUUCUUGAAUGGUCGAUGGGUGAAGUCACAUAAAAUUGUUAAUUUCCCGUACGAGGAAUUUGAUCCUUCAAGAUAUGUUGUGCCCAGAUCUAGUGAAAAACAAAAAAACAUUUAUGAUGCAAAUUGUAACCAAUCAAAAGACACUUUACAAACUAGUGAUUCUAUUGUGCCAAAUGGUAAUAUUCCAACCUUGUGUGAUAAGGACAAAUCAGAUUCAGAGAAACAAAUUAGCACAGAUGACUGCAAAAGUUGUAACAACAACCGAAAUAUAGAUGAAUUAGAUUACACUGAUGUACGAUACCACCUCAACUCUAUGUCUUGCCACACAGGAAUUCUUGGUGGAGGACAUUAUGUUUGCUAUGCUAAAAAUCCAAACCACAAAUGGUAUUUGUACAAUGACAGUAGUUGUAAGGAGAUAUCUAAUGACCAAGUGGACACCAAUUCUGCUUAUAUAUUAUUUUAUGAACAACAGAAUGUAGACUUCAGUAAAUUUAUGCCUAAUUUGGAAGGCAAAGAACCAGACUUGUCAGAGAUUGAAGAUGAAUUUGAAUCUGAUUUUAAGAAAGCUUGUGUUAUACAAUAAUGGAACAAAUUGGAAACCUUAAAGUUCAUUCCAAACAACUUUUUGAAACUUUUUUUUAACUUCUGCUCAACCAUUGGGGGUUCAAUUUAUUUCUUUUAAUUUCAGAGUCUGAACGUUUGAAUUUGUUUUCUCACAGUUUCAAGCUUUGUAUUAAAGUUAAACAUUUAUGGGGUUAGACCUUGGUUCAGGGAGAUAGCUCAUUAAAUCAGUUAUGCGUUUGUAAAAGAUAAGUUUCAUCAAUGUAUUUUAAGCAUUUACCUGAAACAGAUUGAAAAUAAUCUAUGUAACCUAGAAGCUUAGAAUAUAUUUAUGAAAAUGGUU